CUCACAUACAUGAGUAAUUAGUCUUGGUCUUGAGUGGUGUGUGUAAAGAGUGAUGUACACCUGGUGUAAGGUUAAUUAUUUCAUUAUUUUUGGCAUGGAAGACAACUAGGUGAGAACACAGCGACAUUAUAUUAUCCGAGAAUGGAUGACGACUUAAGUUAUGAUGAGCAAGUAACACCUACAAGUUCAAAAGUGCAAGAUGACACGAGGUCACGAACACCUUCCAGGAUGAAUCCGGUCCAAAUGAGCCAAAGUCCAAGUGAACCAAGAAUGCAUGACGACACAAGCUCUUCUGGUUGUGGUGAGCCAGAAACACUUGCAAGCUCAAAAGUGCAAGAUGACACACACUUCCUAGGAAAAAAAAGUCAGCUUGUAAAAAGGUUCUUAGCCAUGGACGAGAACAAUAUUGUUCCCAUUGUGUUGGAAAUCCUUCACAACCGAAAGGGAGGCUGCCCUGACCUUUGCGAGGAUGUGAACGUUAUAAUAGAGACUAUUCUCCAAAAUCGAAAGGAAGAGGAUGAUCCACAGCUUAUUGCAACUCUUGAAUUGGCCACAGCUACCAAAGAGGGACAUCUAGAUGGAGUGUGUGAUGCUAUUGCUCGGGGAGGGAAUUUUCACCUGACAUAUCCUACAUACCAAGAUGUGUCAUGGUGUCUGUUGACCAUAGCAGCACACUCUGGUCACAUGCAGCUGGUGCGUCUCUUUCUUGAUAUGGGAUUGCCGGUGGAAGGAAGUGGUACUGACAAGAAGACUCCCCUGAUGUAUGCUGCCGCGCUUAAUUUUGUAGAUAUAAUGGUGGCGCUGCUGGAAAGCGGCGCAAAUCCAAUAGCGCAAGCUAAUGGAUAUACACCCCUCGAUUAUGCUGCACAAUAUGGCCAGGAUGAGUGUCUAGCCAUCCUCCUAGAUGUCAUCCCUCCCAUCCCUGCAACCUAUACGAGCAGAACUCCAGUACAUGCAGCAAGCUUGGGGGGUCAUGUUAAGGUAUUACAACUGUUGGAGAAGUUUGGUUGGUCAUUCUCCAACCAUGACAAUGAGUCAGGCAACACUCCACUUCAUUAUGCUGUGAUGUCCGGCAAUCUGGACACUGUUAAAUAUAUAGCAGCCCGAAUUCCUGAUAUUUUGAUUAAAAACAACAAAGGGCAAACUGCACUGGACAUAGCAUUGAUGUGCGGCUCCCACUCAGUUGAGAACUGGCUCGUCAAAAACAGCAUUGCACUACUUCCAGAUGUUUCACACCAUCUACAGUUAAUGCGGAUCAUGCAAAAACACCAUGAAUCAAAAUAUUAUGAUAAUAUAGCAAGAAUUUUCAAGAACGACCACACAUUUGCUAAAGAGAUAUGUGGCCAUAUUACCUACAGCGUGGACAAGUACUGCAUGACAUUCUUACAUUGGGCCGCUUACCGUGGACAUCAUACCGUGGUUCAUGCACUGCUAGACAGUGGACAACAUCCUCAUGUUAUAAAUUUUCACGGCCUUACACCUGAAGACCUGGCACAUCAGGAGGAACAUGACAGGGUGAUCGAGGUUCUGCAGCGCCAUCAUUGUGUCCAGCAAAAUCUCUCGGCGGAAGGGAAAACUGAAAACUGGAAAGAAACCGGAGCCACUGCCAUCGGUAUUCCUCACAUCUCUCACAGCGGCCAAGAGCAAAACAAAUUAUUCGACACAAGUUCGAUGAACUCAUAUAGAUUAUACAAUGACUUGCUGAACACUAUCAGCCUAAAGGACGAUGCAAUGGCUGUGUCCCGUUUACUCUGUGAAGGUGCCCCUUUGGAACCUGUGGACGGUUUCUCCAUCUCUGCCUUACACCUGGCCGUCACUACCGACCGCAGUGAAACAGUCGGUCUCCUGCUAGCAAGAGGAGCAUCGCUUGUCCAAAGAAUCAAUGGCCUCAACCUGUUACAACUGGCAUGGCACAGUCCUGACACCACCCCAGGCAUGCUUGCCACUGUCACGAGCGCCUAUACCCAUCGACUCCGAGCGGAGCAGAUUCGCUUGAAGAGCUGCACUAAGGACCUUGUUAAGGGCAUUGAACAUGCACUCUUAAGGACUGAAGAAUAUCCACCGUCCGAUACUGCCAAUGAAAUGAAAUUCACAUCCGAAGAUUAUUCUCAGAUUAUUGAAAUUAUGAUGAAACAAAGAUGUAAAAAACAUACUGUCCAUUUGGGCAUUUGGAAUUUCAAUGAAGACCAUUCGGCGACGCUCCAAGAGAACCUUGAACAUAUUUCUGGAGCUGAAGCUCACAUUCCAAGUCAUGAAUUAAAUGAGGUACAUCGCCGACGACUCCUUGCUCAGCAAUUUCAUCUCGAGAAUUGUAGCCGCAAACUUGUUAGCGGCUUGAAGGCAUUGCUGCAUGAUAUUGAGGGCAAUACACCAUGGAAGACACUCUGGGGCGGAGGAAAGGAAUCAGAUCCAAUUGUUUUGACAAAAUAUAUGGUGCAUGCUGUAAGAGCAAACUGUGUGCUUACGGUUGCUUUUCUGAGGUGGGCAGGUGCAUGGCCUUUCUUAAGCGGUGACUGGGGUGUAAGUGCCCUGACAGCCGCGCUGGAAUGUCAUCAGCUACGUUUAGCGGAAACACUCAUCAGGGAUCUGGGAGGCUGUCCUUACGUGAGAGACUUCAAUGGAUGUCUGCCAGUGACCUCAGUUUUCAUGCCUGUCUCUUUGCGAGAAGAUACUGAGAAGAUGCUGUACGAGAGGGAGCGAGCACAUCUUGAAGUCAUGGAAAUUCGUGCAAAAUGUAGGCGCAGCAAGGAAGCGGUACACCAAGCGCUGGAAUUGCAGGGUGAACUUUUCCGCGUUUACGUGAAAGGUCAGAUGCAUCCAGGUAUUUCAAUCAAUAAUGCUCGUGCGCCACUGAUUCUGGCCUCUCGGAAAGGUUUCAUGCAACUCGUGCAUCUGAUUAUAAAUGUGGGUCAUUUUCCUGUUAACGCCGUGCUGGACGACACAUAUAACUCCACUGCCCUGCAUCAGGCAGCCUCUCACGGCCAGACUAGCUGUGUUGCUGUACUACUCAGCUCAGGUGGAAAUGUUUUUCCGCUGGACAAGUAUAAUCAAUCACCUAUUCUCCUAGCCGCUAUGUUUGGACACAAAAACACCUUUCAUUUCUUGUCCCAUAGAGAGAUUAUGGACGCCCAAAGGAACAAACGUGAUCCAUGUGACCCAGCUUGUCGAGCAGGUACAACUGCCGUCGAGGUGAAGAAAAACUUCACCUCCUAUCUCCAGCGCUACAAAAAAUGCAGCCAUAAAGCACGGGACUUCCUGACACCUGUAGACCGUCACGACUCAGAGCGCGUUGCACGAAAAAUCCUAAAAACAAUACGGCCAAGGAUGUUAAGAGAGGAGGCUCAGGAAGCUGUUGUUGACUUUUCGAGAGGUACAGCACAUACAGUGAAAGAGGUAGUCAUGACUGAGGUAAAUGGCAUUAUGGAACGAGUGGUACACGACGACGACAGUUACCGCGGUGAGCUGAGGCUUGUAGGUAGUGCUCAGGAUGGCUCCAAACUUUAUGCUCCGGACGAGUAUGAUAUUAAUCUAGUUAUUUCGGGAAAGGAUGUAAAAAUAUCCAUGAGAGAAGAAGGUGAAAAGAUCAAGGCGCAGUAUGAAGGUGGCUUGAAAAUUUCGGUCAAAAACACUCAAUUUCAUGAAAACCGUAUGAUGGAAGGCUUUUACCACAGAAUAAGGAGCAGCCUUAUUGACUAUGUUCUGCAGGACAAAAGAUUAAGCCUGGUGCCGCCUGGUGUGACCAAUACUCAGGUUGGUGUGGCCCUGUCUCUGGCUUGGCAAGUGAGCCAUGGAGAAGAAAAGAAUGAGAGGGAAACAGAAAAUUCGCAAAAAUAUCCGCUGCUACUAAUCGGCGUGGACCUGGUGCCAGUAUUAGAGGUAAAGUGGCACGGGCAAAUCAGUCGCCCUCCUCUCACUCCGGCCCACACCACCACCAUGUAUCUCACAAACACCGACAAUGGUUCCUGGCGCUGCAGUUUUGCACAAAUAGAGGCAGAGGUGUUGCGCAAGCAGAGGCCCGACGAACGUCUCGUGCAUCUGAUGGGCAAAACCUUACUUUCCUGCCUCAGGGCUGAUCCAUGGAUGCCCCAGGAAAGAAAAAUAUUCUGUACAUGGUUCAUUAUGAGGGCGUGGUCUAUCCCGGCUCCCAGUGGAUUCUGCUUCAAAAAUGCGUUGCUCAGAUGGCUGGAACAGAGACAGCAAGAAGGCAAUGAACCAAUAGAGAAUCCAAUGAAAAUGUUGAUAAAAAUUUUUAGAAGCAUGUGUGUUCAUUCCAAUGAACCACGAGGAAAAUUGACUCCUCUUAGCACCCGUGCCUAUUUUGGCGGAGAAUGUGAAGGUUGGAAACAGGGAGAAGGAGCUCCCAUCAUUGUACAGUGCUUGGAAGAAAUUUUGGAAGAGGAAGAAGGACGGGAGGAAGAGGCUGAUAAUGGAGUUGAAGGAGAGGAAAGUGAGGAGGAUGAAGAUGCCGGCGUGAAGGAGGAGGAUUUCGAAGAGGAGGAGAAACAUUAAUUUGAAAAAAA